UCAAACACAGCCCCCUUUCCUGUGUUCACAUCCAGGAAACAGGUUAGUUUCAGACAAGCCUGCUUGCCACAGCUCAGCAGACACCAGGCCUUCCGGCCAGGCCUGGCCCACCGUGGGCCUCAGAGCUGCCGCUGGGGCGUCCAGAACCGCAGUGCAUUCUUCACCCAGAACUGCACCCAGACUGCGCUGGGACCAGAGACCCCACAGGUGGCCUGUUUGCCUGGACAUCCACCUGUACGUCCCCAGGUUUGGGGAGGCGCAGGGGCGAUGCCAGACCCCGCGGCGCACCUGCCCUUCUUCUACGGCAGCAUCUCGCGAGCUGAGGCCGAGGAGCACCUGAAGCUGGCGGGCAUGGCGGACGGGCUCUUCCUGCUGCGCCAGUGCCUGCGCUCGCUGGGCGGCUAUGUGCUGUCGCUGGUGCACGACGUGCGCUUCCACCAUUUCCCCAUCGAGCGCCAGCUCAACGGCACCUACGCCAUCGCCGGCGGCAAGGCGCACUGCGGCCCGGCUGAGCUCUGCGAGUUCUACUCGCGUGACCCGGACGGGCUGCCCUGCAACCUCCGCAAGCCGUGCAACCGGCCGUCGGGCCUCGAGCCGCAGCUGGGGGUCUUCGACUGCCUGCGCGACGCCAUGGUGCGCGACUACGUGCGCCAGACUUGGAAGCUGGAGGGCGAGGCCCUGGAGCAGGCCAUCAUCAGCCAGGCCCCGCAGGUGGAGAAGCUCAUUGCUACGACGGCCCAUGAGCGGAUGCCCUGGUACCACAGCAACCUGACGCGCGAGGAGGCCGAGCGCAAACUUUACUCUGGGACGCAGAACGACGGCAAGUUCCUGCUGAGGCCACGGAAGGAGCAGGGCACGUAUGCCCUGUCCCUCAUCUAUGGGAAGACAGUGUACCACUACCUCAUCAACCAGGACAAGGCGGGCAAGUACUGCAUUCCCGAGGGCACCAAGUUUGACACGCUCUGGCAGCUGGUGGAGUAUCUGAAGCUGAAGGCAGACGGGCUCAUCUACUGCCUGAAGGAGGCCUGCCCCAACAGCAGUGCCAGCAACGCCUCAGAGGCCGCUGCUCCCACGCUCCCAGCACACCCAUCUACGUUCAUUCACCCUCAGAGACGGAUGGACACCCUCAACUCAGAUGGAUACACCCCUGAACCAGCACGCGUAACGUCCCCAGACAAACCGCGGCCGAUGCCCAUGGACACGAGUGUGUAUGAGAGCCCCUACAGUGACCCAGAGGAGCUCAAGGACAAGAAGCUCUUCCUGAAGCGCGAGAACCUCCUCAUAGCCGACAUUGAACUUGGUUGUGGCAACUUUGGCUCAGUGCGCCAGGGCGUGUAUCGCAUGCGCAAGAAGCAGAUCGACGUGGCCAUCAAGGUGCUGAAGCAGGGCACGGAGAAGGCAGACACCGAGGAGAUGAUGCGCGAGGCGCAGAUCAUGCACCAGCUGGACAACCCCUACAUCGUGCGGCUCAUCGGCGUCUGCCAGGACGGGGCCCUGAUGCUGGUCAUGGAGAUGGCUGGGGGCGGGCCGCUGCACAAGUUCCUCGUCGGCAAGAAGGAGGAGGUCCCCGUGAGCAACGUGGCGGAGCUGCUGCACCAGGUGUCCAUGGGGAUGAAGUACUUGGAGGAGAAGAACUUCGUGCACCGUGACCUGGCGGCCCGCAACGUCCUGCUGGUCAACCGGCACUAUGCCAAGAUCAGUGACUUUGGCCUCUCCAAAGCACUGGGUGCCGACGACAGCUACUAUACUGCCCGCUCAGCAGGGAAGUGGCCGCUCAAGUGGUACGCACCGGAGUGCAUCAACUUCCGCAAGUUCUCCAGCCGCAGUGAUGUCUGGAGCUACGGGGUCACCAUGUGGGAGGCUUUGUCCUAUGGCCAGAAGCCCUACAAGAAGAUGAAAGGGCCGGAGGUCAUGGCCUUCAUCGAGCAGGGCAAGCGGAUGGAGUGCCCAGCAGAGUGUCCGCCCGAACUGUACGCACUCAUGAGUGACUGCUGGAUCUACAAGUGGGAGGAUCGCCCUGACUUCCUGACCGUGGAGCAGCGCAUGCGGGCCUGUUACUACAGCCUGGCCAGCAAAGGCGAGGGGUCCCUGGGCUGCACGCAGAAGGCCGAGGCUGCCUGUGCCUGAGCUCCCACUGCCCAGGGCCUGCAGCCUUCCACGCUGGCUCUCCCCCUGCCCUCAGCCCCACCCCAGGCCCUGCAGUCUGGCGGAGCGCGCUUGGUUGUCUCCACACACAGCUGGGCUGUGGUAGGAGGUGUCUCAGCCACACCAGCCUUGCAUUCCUUGCCUGGCCCCCUGUCCUCUCUGGCUGGGGAGGAGGGAGGCCUCGAGGGUGGGGCUGUGCAGCCUGUCCCGGGCUGGCCGCUCCCGGAGGGUCCUGAGCUGAUGGCGUUGCCUGCGUGGACACCUUGCUCUGGGCCCUGACAGUGGGGACUGGGCGUCCUCAGGUGGUCGGGUGUAGAUCACUGGAAUAAACUUAGCUUCCUUCUAGUC